AUGCAGCUGGACCCGGGGAAGGCUUGUCCGGACAGGGUUCGCAUGUUAAUACUGCCAAAUCUUGAGCCAUAUAUGCGACUUCUUGAACCAGAGAUGCUUCUUGAGAAGCAAAAGAAUGAGAUGAAGAGGCAUGAGGCUCGGCGUUUUUAUGGAUCCCUGCUACAUGCAACAGGUCAAUGUAUAUUUGAUCGGCUCAAGAUAUUCUCACCUCUGCCAUCCCUGUCAUCACGUGCAGUAUGGAGGACCAAUGCAAGGGUUAUUACCACCCCACCCAAUAAACGCAAGGGGAGCAUGGAACACUUGGAAGAGCAGCCGCCGCACAAGAAAAUUGCCCCUGAUGGUCCAAUUCUUGCUGCGUCAACCAAUUCCUCGCCAUCUCACAUGGAAGAGGAAGCUGUGGUUCCACCAGCACCCUUGAUUGAUUCUAAUGCAGGCCCAUCAUCAUCAUCAUCAUCCUCCAGACAACCGACUAAUGACAUAAAUUUGGAUGGCAGAGGUAGCAGAGACAAGGGUGAUAAUCAAGCUCUGAAUAGGUCAGCUGUCCUCUCUCAGAUAUGGAAAAAUGACUUGGAUUCUGGGCGUCUCCUGGUAUUGCUGUUUGAGAUGUUUGGUGAAGGCAUUUUAUCCUUCAUUCCAACUCCCAAGAUGUCUAUGUUCUUAUUACCAUUUGUACAAAGAUCUGCACUUCCAUAG